UGCAAAGGAAGUUGUUUCCCUCCAAACUCAGAAGCGAGAAGGGAAGAACCAAAAGAGAGCGGAAAUCGUUUCAUCAUAGGAGUAAUUGAACAUUCAGAAAUAUGGCAAUCGACUGUCUGGUUUUGGGGGCCGGCCAAGAGGUUGGGAAGAGCUGCGUGGUGGUGACGAUAAAUGGAAAGCGGAUAAUGUUCGACUGUGGCAUGCACAUGGGCUUCCUGGAUCAUCGCCGCUAUCCCGAUUUCUCUCGUAUCUCACAGUCUGGAGAUUUCACUAGUGCCCUCUCUUGCAUCAUCAUCACCCAUUUUCACUUGGAUCAUAUUGGAGCUCUUCCAUAUUUCACUGAAGUUUGUGGGUAUAAUGGACCCAUUUACAUGACGUAUCCCACAAAAGCCUUGGGUCCGUUAAUGCUAGAAGAUUACCGGAAAGUGAUGGUUGACAAAAGGGGAGAAGCAGAGCAAUUUACUGCAGAGCACAUUGUGGAAUGCAUGAAGAAAGUUACAGCAGUGGAUCUGAAGCAGACUGUGCAAGUUGACAAUGACCUACAGAUUCGUGCAUAUUACGCGGGGCAUGUCCUUGGAGCUGCAAUGUUUUAUGCUAAGGUGGGAGAUGCUGCUAUGGUAUAUACGGGAGACUAUAACAUGGUACCUGACAGACAUCUUGGGUCUGCCCAAAUUGACCGGUUACAGUUGGACCUUGUUAUCACUGAGUCAACUUAUGCAACAACUUUUCGUGAUUCAAAAUAUGCUCGUGAAAGAGAGUUUCUACAAGCUGUUCACAAAUGUGUUGCUGCUGGAGGGAAGGUGCUCAUUCCUACAUUUGCACUGGGCAGAGCUCAGGAAAUAUGUAUGCUAUUGGAUGAUUACUGGGAGCGUAUGAAUCUUAAAGUUCCUAUUUAUUUUUCAGCAGGGUUGACUAUUCAAGCUAACAUGUAUUACAAGAUGCUCAUUAACUGGACCAGCCAAAAGGUGAAAAGCACAUCCACCAUACGCAAUGCAUUUGACUUUAAAAACGUCUGCAGUUUUGACCGUUCAUUGAUUAAUGCUUCUGGGCCUUGUGUACUCUUUGCUACACCGGGAAUGAUUAGUGGAGGAUUUUCACUUGAAGUUUUUAAGCAGUGGGCUCCAUGUGAAGAGAACCUCAUUACACUUCCAGGAUAUUGUGUAGCAGGGACCAUAGGGCAUCGAUUGAUGUCAGCUAAAACACCCACCCGAAUCACUGUUGAAGAAGGAAUCCAGAUUGACGUGCGCUGUCAGAUCCAUCAGCUGUCUUUCAGCCCGCAUACUGAUGCCAAGGGAAUUAUGGAUCUUGUGAAAUUUCUCUCCCCCAAGCAUGUUAUCCUUGUACAUGGUGAAAAGCCGAAGAUGGCAACUCUGAAGGAAAGAAUUCAAUCCGACUUGCAAAUCCAGUGCUACGAUCCUGCAAAUAACGAGACAGUGUGUAUCCCUUCAACUCACUACAUACAAGUAGACGCAUCUGAUAAAUUUCUCAAAAGCUUGUUAACCCCGAACUUCAAGUUCCUAAACAGAAGUCCAAGACCAGAUUCUGGUCCAAAGGGUAUGGACACGAGACCCGAUCCUCUGUUGCAAGUUUCUGAUGACAGGAUUUCUCAAGGAGUACUAAUCAUGCAGACCAACCAGAAAUCAAAGGUUGUGCACGAGAACGAGUUAAGGGUAGCGCUCGGGUCUGAAAUCCAUGAAGUGCAAUUUGGUUGCUGUGUUCCAGUACGCAUUCAUUGUUCCAAUGCCCCCGACAGCACUUUUUGGCUGCAGUUGUUAUACGCGAAAUUGUCGAGUGAAGUUGCAGAGUUGAGUGUGGUGAACAAUAGUGAGCAUCUUCAGGUAGAAUCAUUGGUUAUUGUUGUUUGCUUGAAGGAAAAAUGCUGUCACAGAACGCAUGCCAGCACACAGGACAUGUCUAAAUCAGUACAUUUUUGCUGUACUUGGUCACUGCUGGAUGAGAAGCUUGCUUGGAGGAUCAUCUCAAUCAUGAAGAAUUUGGAGUUGAGUAUGUAAGUUGCUUUUAUUUUUGGGAUUACUUGUGUGAGUUGUGUCAUCAAAGGCCAAUAAUUUAUGCAGUAUUAAUUUUAUAAAUUUGUUUCUUUUUUGACUCC